UCGAGGCACAUGACAUUUCCUAUUUUCAAUGUGGAAGGAGUGAUUUGAAUAUUAAUCAAUUUCUCAAUGUGUUGUUGUUGUUAAUGUUAGUAGUUAAGCUUUAUAUGUUGUAAAUUUAAAAUGGUUAGUUUAGCAGGAGAUCAGAAUAGAGGAUCAGGAGGCUGGUAUUGUUUUAAUUCAGAACAAAGUCUUGAUAAUGACACUGUUGAAGAUUCGUCAUUAGUGUCAACAGUUUUAUCAGCAGAAGAGGAACCUCACGUUUACACAUUACCUACUACUGGAUUUAUCAUUUUUCAGAUAAUUUGUAUAAUAAGUCUUGCAAGCACAUCUAUUGCAUUAGCAAUAUUAUCAUUUAAAGAAACAUGCAUUAUCUUAAAUAUUUUUCAUAUAAGUGUAUGGUUAGUAUUUUUACCCAUACACUCUUACUAUAGACAGAAACAUAGAAAACUAUUAUUAUUUGGAUAUUUAGAAUUCUACAGAAAAACUACAACAAUAAGAAAGAUGCCAUUUAUGAUAUUAUCAAUAGGUAAUACAGUAUUGUUGUGUUUUCUCACAUUUUCAUAUUAUUUAUGCCAAACCCAUAAUACAAGUAUAUUUAGUGAUUUUAAAUGCUGUUAUCAGAUUUUAUUUGUUGUGAGUCUUGAAACAUUAAUAUUGCUCCCAGUAUUGAUUACUUUCUGUGUGUUAACAGUUAGAUUCAACAUGAACAAAGUAACUUCUGAUGUUCAUUGUGAUGAAAUAGCUACUGUAUAUUUAUCACAUGGUCCUAUUGGCGAUAUUGGAUACAGGUAAGUUAUAGUAGUAAUCUUUUAUAAGCAGUUAAAAAUAAAAAUAGUUAUGUUAU